UUUAGAGAGACUACCCGUUAUAAUGGUCUUUCCAAAUUCCAUCAACCACUAGACUCAACUCAACUCAACUCUCACAGCUCUCCCUGUCUGAAUUUUCAGAAAUAAUGCUUACCAAUCACUCCCACCCACAACAACAACACAAUCUCCGUCAUCAAACCUAAACCCACACACAACUUGACCAUACCAAUUCCUCCAAUAAUUCCCACUUUACAACACACCCUUUCUCAUCUUCUAACUACCUCACCUCACCUCACCUCACCUCGCCGUUUUUCCAUCCAAACCAAACCCUAUACUUCAGAUCCACCCCCACUUUUCACACCACCAACAUUCAACACCAUAAUGGCCGAUUUAGUAAAACAGCUCUUAGCAAAACCGAUCCAAUUAGCCGACCAAGUAAGCAAAGCCGCCGAAGAAGGAAGCUCCUCCUUCAAACAAGAAUGCUUAGAACUCAAAUCCAAAACCGAAAAACUCGCUUCCCUCCUCCGCCAAGCCGCGAGAUCAAGCUCCGAUUUAUACGAACGCCCAACCCGCCGCAUCAUCGGCGACACCGAACAAGUCCUCGAAAAAGCGCUAACCUUAGUCCUCAAAUGCAAAGUCAACGGUCUCAUGAAGCGUGUCUUCAGCAUAGUACCCUCCGCUGCUUUCCGCAAAAUGUCCUCCCAUCUCGAAAACUCCAUCGGCGACGUCUCCUGGCUCCUCCGCGUCUCCGCUCCGACGGAGGAGGGGAGCUACGAGUGUCUAGGUCUUCCGCCUAUUGCCUCUAAUGAACCGAUUCUAGGUCUAAUUUGGGAGCAGAUUGCGAUUCUUCAUAACGGCUCUGUUGAUGAUCGAUCUGAUGCGGCUGCUUCUCUUGUUUCGCUUGUUCGCGAUAACGAUCGGAACGGGAAAUUGAUAAUUGAGGAAGGUGGAGUUGGUCCUUUGUUGAAGCUUAUUAAAGAAGGUAAAAAGGAGGGUCAGGAAAAUGCUGCUAAAGCUAUUGGGCUUUUGGGUAGGGAUGCGGAAAGCGUUGAUGUUAUGAUUCAUGCUGGUGUUUGUUCGGUUUUCGCUAAGAUUCUUAAAGAAGGUCCUAUGAAAGUUCAAGCUGUUGUGGCUUGGGCUGUUUCGGAGCUUGUUUCGAAGAAUCCGAAAUGUCAAGAUGUUUUUGCUCAGCAUAAUAUUGUUAGGUUGCUUGUUAGUCAUAUCGCGUUUGAAACUGUUCAGGAGCAUAGUAAAUACGCGAUUGUUAGUAAUAAGCCGAAUUCGAUUCAUGCUGUUGUGUUGGCGAGUGGUAAUAGUAAUAGUGGUGAUAACUCUGGUUCUAAUAAUGUGAGAAAAGAGACUGAAGAUGAGGUGAAAAUUCGGAUGCAGCAUCCGUUAGGGGAUAGGUCUACGAAUCAGAUGCAUAAAGUGGUGGCAAGUACUAUGGCAAUGCAUGCUGCAAAUGCGAAUAACAACAAGAAUCAACAAACCGAUGUAGGGAAUGAAGUGAGUCUAAACUCUCAUUCUCAGGUGGCUGGUAAUUCAAAUGGGAGCGGGAACGGUAAUACGAAGCAAAACUAUUCUUAUUCUGGGAUUAGCAUGAAGGGAAGGGAGCUUGAGGAUGCUGAGAGUAAGGCUGAGAUGAAAGCAAUGGCUGCGAAAGCUCUUAUGGUUCUAGCAAAGGAUAACUCGGGGAUUUGUCGUAGUAUAACAGAAUCAAGGGCUUUGUUAUGCUUUGCUAUUCUCCUUGAAAAAGGACCUGAAGAAGUGAAGUACCAUUCUGCGUUGGCGUUGAAAGAGAUUACGGCAGUGGCUGAGAAAGAUCCUGAGUUGAGAAGAAUGGCAUUUAAGCCAAAUUCUCCUGCCUGUAAAGCAGUUGUUGAUCAAGUGAUCGAUAUUAUCGACAAAGAAGAUAAGAGGCUUCUGAUUCCUUGUGUUAAGGCUAUUGGAAGCUUGGCAAGGACAUUCAGGGCAACUGAGACAAGGAUAAUUGGUCCAUUGGUUCGACUUCUCGACGAAAGAGAGGCUGAAGUAUCCAAAGAAGCUGCAGACUCACUCGCGAAAUUUGCCUGCAAUGACAACUACCUCCACCUUGAUCACUCUAAGGCAAUCAUAAGCUCUGGCGGUGCAAAACACUUGGUUCAGCUUGUGUAUCUUGGGGAGCCGCCAGUUCAAUAUUCAGCCUUGGUUCUGCUAUCCUAUAUCGCAUUGCACGUGCCAGACAGUGAAGAACUUGCUCGGGUUGAGGUUCUUGGAGUUCUUGAAUGGGCGUCCAAGCAACUUAACGUGACUCAAGAUGAAAAUGUCGAGAUGUUGUUGCAAGAGUCCAAGAGUAGGCUGGAGCUUUACCAGUCUAGAGGCUCAAGAGGGUUCCAAAAAUUACAUCAAUAGGAUGAGACAGUGAUUAGUUCUUAUUGUUGUUGUUGGUGUGAGGUUUUUGAAUGAUUUGUAUCUGGUAUAUUGUUCUUGUGAAGAGUGUAUAUACAAUCCAUUGCCUUCUUCAAUUGUUCAGUUUCAUUUUCAACUAUGAAGAAGAUCAUUUGUUAUAGCUAUAUUAACAAUGGUUUCAAUGUAACA